AUGGUAACAAUUGGUAAUGCACAUGAGGAUCUAAUCCACGAUGCAGUGUUAGACUACUAUGGCAAACGAUUGGCCACCUGCUCGUCCGACAAAACUAUUAAACUAUUUGACAUCGACGGCACUGAAAACUAUAAAUUAAUCACGACAUUGUUGGGUCACGAAGGUCCCAUUUGGCAAGUUGCAUGGGCCCAUCCCAAAUUUGGAUCGAUAUUAGCUUCAUGCUCGUACGACGGUAAAGCGUUAAUCUGGAAGGAACAACCAGAAACUCAGCAAUGGUCAAUUAUUGCUGAACAUACCAUACAUCAAGCCAGUGUCAAUUCUGUAAGCUGGGCUCCUCAUGAAUUAGGAGCAGUGUUGUUGUGUACGUCAUCUGAUGGCAAAGUGUCAGUAGUUGAUUUCAACGAUGAUGGAACUACGUCACAUGUAAUAUUUGAUGCUCAUGCAAUUGGGGUUAAUUCAGCAUCAUGGGCACCAAUCACCACUUUGUCUUCAUCAUCAACAAAAGACGCCGCAAGUUUAAAGCAACAACGUCGAUUCGUUACUUGUGGAUCGGACAAUUUGACUAAGAUUUGGAAAUACGACACUAGUACCAAUAAUUAUACCGAAGAGGCGAAAUUGGAAGGGCAUACUGAUUGGGUGAGAGAUGUUGCUUGGUCUCCAUCGAACUUGGUUCGUCCUUAUAUUGCGACUGCUUCCCAAGACCGUACUGUAUUGAUAUGGACACAGGACAAAGAUGGCAAAUGGCAGAAACAGCCUUUAACCGAGGAGAAAUUCCCUGAUGUUUGUUGGAGAUGUUCGUGGUCAUUAUCGGGAAAUAUUUUAGCUGUAUCUGGCGGUGAUAAUAAAGUCACUUUAUGGAAAGAGAAUUUAAAGGGCAAAUGGGAACCAGCUGGAGAAGUAGAACAAUAA